GUGAUGUAAUGAUCUUGGAUGCGGCGAAAGGUGAGUUUCAGUUUAUCCUCGCGCUCAAAGAUUCUCCUCUCAGUGAUAACAAAUCUUUAAAAGUUUUUGAUCGUCUCUUAUGCAUACGCUAUUUCCUAACGUUUAAUCUUCUGUAUCGGAAGUGAUUGCUGGUAAUGACAUAUAUUUUUUGCCUGUUUAGUUAGGCUUAUAGUGGCUUGUUAGUUGAUUCAACUAGUGCAUGUUGUGAUCUUAGAAAUAAGCUUGCAAAUGGAUGACCUUCCAGAUGACCUUGAAAAAGCUGCCAUACCAAUCCCUGUAAUUACUGAACCCAUUCACCGGGAAGGCAUGGCUCUACAGCAAGGAACUCAGAAAGGUCGUGUUAUUGGGGUUUUCACCAGUGGUGGAGACUCCCAAGGUAUGAACGCUGCUGUCAGAGCAGUAGUACGAAUGGGUCUAUACCUUGGUUGCAGAGUAUAUUUUAUUAAAGAAGGAUAUCAAGGUAUGGUAGAUGGUGGCAAUCACAUUGUUGAAGCUACUUGGGCUAGUGUAUCCAGCAUUAUUCAUAAGGGUGGCACUGUGAUUGGAAGUGCCAGAUGUCAAGAUUUCAGGUCACGUGAGGGUCGUUUGAAAGCUGCUCUCAACUUAGUACAGAAUGGCAUUACUAACCUUGUGGUGAUUGGUGGUGAUGGUAGUUUAACUGGUGCAAACCAGUUCCGCCAAGAAUGGGAAUCACUGUUAGAUGAUUUAGUAUCUCAAGGAAAAAUUACUGCUGAGAAGAAACAGCAAUGCAGUUCUCUAAACAUCGUCGGAAUGGUGGGCUCAAUUGACAAUGACUUUUGUGGAACUGACAUGACCAUUGGUACUGAUUCAGCUCUUCAUCGCAUCAUCGAAGCUAUUGAUGCUAUUGUCACAACAGCUUCAAGUCAUCAGCGCACAUUUAUAUUAGAAGUUAUGGGCAGACAUUGUGGCUAUUUAGCACUUGUAGGUGCUCUUGCAAGUGAAGCGGAUUUUGUUUUCAUUCCAGAAUGGCCUCCAGAAGCUAACUGGCCCGAAACCUUGUGUGAAAAAUUGAAAAUGGAACGUGACGCUGGACAACGAUUGAAUAUCAUUCUUGUUGCAGAAGGAGCCAUGGAUAGGGAAGGAAAGGCUAUCACUGCUGAAAUGGUUAAAAAGAUCAUCGUAGAUAAUCUGCAGCAAGAUACAAGAGUUACUGUACUUGGUCAUGUUCAACGAGGUGGAAGCCCUUCUGCUUUUGACAGAAUUUUAGGUUCCAGAAUGGGCGCAGAAGCUGUUCUUGCACUCCUCGAGGCAACACCUGGAGCACCAGCUGUUGUAGUGUCCCUGGAUGGCAAUCAGUCUGUACGUGUACCUCUAAUGGAAUGCGUCAUGAAGACUAAAUCUGUAGCUGAAGCGAUGGCCAACAAAAAAUGGGAAGAAGCUGUAAAUUUAAGAGGAAGGAGCUUCGCCAGCAAUUUGAUUACUUAUAAAAUGCUUACUAGAGUGAAGCCACCUGAGGGAGCUGUAGAUAAAGAAGGCCAUGGAACAGGAAAGUUCAGGCUUGCUAUUAUGCAUUGUGGUGCUCCUUGCUGUGGUAUGAAUGCUGUUGUACGUUCAUUUGUAAGAUGCUGUAUGUUCCAAGGCAACACUGUAUUAGGCAUUCAUGAUGGCUUUGAUGGUCUUAUCAAUGAUAAUGUUCAAGAAAUGCACUGGGCUGAAGUUGCUGGUUGGGUUGGACAAGGAGGUGCUUUUCUUGGCACCAAAAGAACUUUGCCCUCUGACAUAAUGGACAAAGUUGUAGCACAAUUUAAAAAAUACAAAAUUCAAGCUCUUUUGGUUGCUGGUGGAUUUGAAGCUUAUCAUUCAGUUCUCCAAAUGGCAGAUCAAAGGGACAAAUAUCCUGAAUUAUGCAUACCAAUGAUUGUUAUUCCUGCAACAAUCAGUAAUAAUGUUCCAGGAACUGACUUUUCACUUGGAUCAGAUACAGCUCUCAAUGAGAUUACGGAGAUUUGUGACCGAAUUCGUCAAAGUGCUCAAGGAACAAAGAGGAGGGUAUUUGUUGUAGAGACAAUGGGUGGAUAUUGUGGUUAUUUAGCCACAUUGGCUGGUCUGGCUGGUGGAGCAGAUGCUGCUUAUAUUUUUGAAGAACAGUUUUCCAUAAAGGAUUUAAUUGGAGAUGUUUUUCAUAUGCAAGCUAAAAUGGAAGAAGGAAUUCAUAGAGGUCUUAUUCUUAGAAAUGAAAUGGCCAACCACCAUUAUACUACAGACUUUAUCCACCGCUUGUAUUCAGAAGAAGGAAAAAAUAUUUUUAGUACUAGGAUGAACAUCUUAGGCCAUAUGCAACAGGGUGGUAGUCCUUCACCAUUUGAUCGUAACUUUGGAACAAAACUAGCAGCUAAAGCAGCAGAUUGGUUGAUGAAACAGCUGGAAGCAUUAGCCAAACCAGAUAACACAGUUUGUUGUAAAACUCCUGAAACAGCUGUUUUGUUAGGUUUGGUACAACGACAGUAUAAUUUCACACCAGUACAGAAUUUAAGACAAGAAACAGAUUUCAAGAGUCGUAUUCCAAAACAUCAGUGGUGGCUUGUUCUUAGGCGCUUACUGCGAGCCUUAGGAACACCUGUUAGCUACCUUGUCAAAGCUGGCAUUACACCAUCCUUGACAGAUGUUGAACAGGCCAUCGAAGAGCAUGUUGAUGAAGUGGCUGCUAAUCAAUAAAUGUAUUAUAUUUUGCUGAUGCUACUUACUCCCUCGUUUUUUCAAAAUUUCUUUAUUGCCAACAGUAUUCAUGUUUGUAGUGUUGCUGAAAUCUUCUCUCUGUCUUUGUGGACAUUACUUUCUUGUAUUUGCUGUGAAUCACAGUAUUUAUUAGAAUGUAUGUUGUGAAAUUAACAAGCUGCUGAUGUGGUAGAUUCUUUGUCUGGUGCUUUUUUUGAUUUUGUUGCUCUGAUUUUAUAUUUCAGUGAUUUUUGUUGAAUCUCUAUAUUCUGCCGAUAUUUUGAUUAUUUGUUGUGAUGCAGUUUAUGUUGAUUUGUCUAAUUGCUACCACACAAAAGUAUACUGGAAAUAUAAAAAAGAAUCUCUUAUAUUUGAUAUUUUAUUACAUAUUUUUUAUUUGUAUAAAUUCAAUUGGAUUGUUAAAUAGUAUUAUUUAUGAAAUAAUUUUAUGUGAUUAUUAUCAUAAAACACUCCUGGUGCUGAAAAUGAUGUUGGUUAGCCCAAUUUUGGGAUGUGAUUUUUGGUUGUAUAUCAUAUACAUGUAUAGUUGAUUUUAGAUUUCUUUUCUUAUAGAAGAGAAAAGUAAAAAUGAUAAAAAAUUUCAAAAUAAAAUAUUUCAUGAUUAUUUUUUAUCCUUUAUAAUCAUGGGGAAAAUCACCUUAUCAUGGGGAAAAUCAUGCUCAGUAUUAAUUUGUAUGUUAUUACAUUAGUAUUGGAAUCUAUUUAUAUACUAACUGUGAUAUGUAAUAAUCGAUCAAAAUAUUUUACCUCUUAUUCUAUUUUUAAUUUGCUGAUAUUUGGAAAAAGCAUCAAUUUUAUUUUCAAUUUUUUUUGUGUAUAUAACUUUAUUUUCUAUGUUAUAGUCUUUAUAUUUAUGAUAGGUGAAUUAUAUAUUCAUGUCUGUUUGUGUAAUAAAUGCUAUAUCAUUGUAAUUUCUUUCAAUUAAAUAUAUGUUGUUUGUUUAGAAAUUGCAUUAUUUUAAAUAGCUGAAUUUAUUUAUUAUAAAUAUGUUACAUCAAUAUUGCAUCCUCUUUACUUAGAAUGCUAGUCAAAUUUAUCAUCUUGUUUUCUUUAUUCCUAUUUUUUUUAAGAAUAUUAACCUAGUCAGAUAAUUGUUUACAAAUUUACUAUGUUGACUAUUACUAUGUUGACCUCAGCAUUAUUUUCUCGCUUAUCAAUUGAUAGGUAAAAUUUAACUAUUACUUAUUGUACACUUCUUGUACUGCCAUAUCUGCUGAUAAUUUGCCAGUGAAUAAAUAUAUGAGUGAGCUCUUUGCCAUAUAUUCAAAAUAUUUAUAUUUUUGAGUACAUUUAAACUAUUUCUCAAUAUUGCUUGUUUAUUGUUAUGAAAGUUUUUUAUAUUGAUUCUGGUAAAUCAUAAAUUUUUUGGACACAAAUGUUAUUAUAAACAAUUUUUGUUUGAUUGUCAUUUUAUGUAGCUGUUGUAUUUCUUGGCUACUCAAGCUGACAGCAAGCAUAAGUCUUGGACUGAUUAUACUACUGGUGAAUGACUUAGUGCUUGUUUUUAUUUGCCUUAAGAAAGAAUGAAGUAACUUUCAUUUCAGAAUAGAAUUUUAUUGCUUGACACAUUGCUUAUUUGAGUUUAAAGGUAAAGUGUUCAUAUAUAUUAUAAGAAAAAUUAUGUAUUUUUAAAAAGUAUUAGAUAAAAGUUAUCUGCAAACUAUUUUACCUAAACACAGUGAUAGAUUGCAUAACUUUGCCUGCACUGUCAAUUUGAAAGUGCCAUUGACUGUAUUUUAACAAGUGUAUAAUACUAUAUUGUAUUAACUUUUGAAUUAAUUAUUCUAUUUUGCUUUUUGAAAAAAAAAAAAUCCCAAUAUCUGAACAUUUAUUUUUAAUUAAUUUUUAUCAUUUAAAAACUAUAUUAUUUUUAAUAUUUCUAUUUUGGUGUUUAUUUUAAACAAAGUAAAUAAAAGCCACCUUAUUUUAUUACAUUAAAUCUUUAUACUUUUCAUAUAUAAGUGAAAGUUAUUUUAUAUCAAGAUUAUGUGCUGUGGUGUACUGAAGUUUAAGAUUUCAUAUAUCUUGCAAAAGCAUUUUUGCUAUGAAAAUGAGGUAUUAACUUUUACAAGAUGUACAGGGUAUUUUACUAAACACUUGAAAGUAUUUUUGAAAACUACUUAAAUGCACAGGCGAUGAAAGUUUUGAUAGAUUAUAUAGAGGAUUGUUAUCAUUUUUUGUAAUAUAUUUAAUUUGAGGAUAGUUGAUUGAAAAGGAAAAGGUCAUUUGUAUGUAUAAUAGGGGUGUUUUUUCUUUUCCAGAUAAUAAAAGAAAAAUCUUUCCUCUCUUUUUUUUAUUAUUAUGUUUUCUUGCUUAGAUUAAAAUUUUUACUUAUAGUCAUUAGGGAAUGUCUUAACUAUGGCAUAUGAUCAGAUAUAUAAAGUAUUUUUUCCCUUCUUUUCUAUUGACAAAUUUUAAGGAAAGAAUUUUGCACAAUGAUGUUGUAUUUUGCACUGUUUGUGUAGAAAUCUCUUGUUUCCAUUUAAACCUAUUGUCUUUUGACUGUUACCUCUAAUUCUAUGUAUAUGUUCUAUAUAUAUUCUCAUAAUGUAUGUCUCUCUUUUACUUUAGAUGCAUCAUUAUUUACACUUCAAUUAUAUCCUAAUAAAAAUUAUUUUAAUUGUU